ACUUUGUAACCGUCAGCGCCGCGAUGCGGAAGGUCGCAUCCUUGCCAGAGUAGUACCGAGAUCCUGAUCCUUGUGACUGAAGGUGGCAGCAGGACUUGCCUUUCCUGGAGAUCCUGGAAGAAUUAUUGGAUAGUUUGGUGGAAUUGUUCUGUUUUGAGUGAAUCGUAACCAGACAGCAAAGUUUUCAAAGAAGAAUUCGGUGAAAAUCAAGUGACAUCGGUAAACACUGAAGUGAGGGAAGGAGUGGUUCAAGAGGCGGGACGUGAAAAAAUCAACCGCAAAGCAAAGGUCAGGAAAAUUAAGGCACCCUUUUUCCCGCGGCGGUUCAGCAAAUUGAAUAACCGAUAGGCUGCGACGAAGCAAGACAAGGUGUGGUGAGUGAUUUGCUGGACAAACAUCACACAGGAAGCAUUCCUGAAAUAACGUGCUAACAAGUGCCUGGGCAAGUUUACGAAAACGAUUCCAAAAAUAGCUCGCGGACGGGAAAAGAGAAAGGUGUUUUAUAAGGAUUGGAUUGUGAUAUUUUUUUUGGAAUAUUUUUGGUGGAAAACUUGUGGCGCGGACGCUGAACGGUGUGAAGUGAAACUGGACGCGGUGAGAAUCCGUAAGGAGCUGAGUGAAGAAUUCGUUGGAGAAUUUCAAGGACUCUUUUGAAUAUUGAUUCGAAUUUUUCAUAUAUAAGAAACGGCCCCCAUCCUAUCCAUCGUAGCAGCUUUUGACACGCCGCCGAGAACCGAAAUUCACCGGAAAGAGGGAGAUAGUCCCAACGCGUAGCAGCACAACUAUGGCUACCCCACAGGCUCUGUGGGCGUUAGUCCUUCUCGGCACUUGGGCGCUACUGCCGACGACCAUCCAAGGCGCCAAUGCCCGAUUCCAGUGCCAAGAGGAAGGAUUUGCAGCGGACCCGAACGACUGUGGCGCCUUCUACCGGUGCGUGCAGGAAGGUGACAAACUGACCCCAUACAAAUUCCGCUGUGGACCUGGAUCCGUGUUCUCCGAAGUUGAAAACACUUGCGUUCAUCCGAGCGACUCCGGACGGCCGGAAUGCGGCGGCUUCAACAACGAACUUGACGGUCCCAUGGCCGGAGAAUCGUCCAAUAUGCACGAGAACGCUAUGAACAGUCCCGAGGAACCGCAGCAGCAGGAGCAGCAACAGCAGGAAUCUCAGCAACCCGAAUGGCAGCAGCCGGAGUCGCAGCAACCUGAAUCGCAGCAACCCGAACCGCAGCAACCGGAAUCGCAGCAACCCGCGGAACCAGAGCAGACCUCGAACUCCGACAAUGAUAAUGACAUCAACUCGGGAAGCAAUGGCAACGGCGACGACUCUGAAACGCCUUCCGGAGAACAUCCAGCAGCCAUGGAGGACAGUUCACCGUGUAGCGAUGAUGGAUUCAUCGGAGAUCCGGAUGACUGCCAGAUGUUCUACCGUUGCGUUUCGAACGGCCAGGGCGGUUUCACCAAGUAUCCCUUCCGCUGCGGAGACGGAACGGUCUGGGAUGAACGAAUCAACUCGUGCAACCACGCAACAGCCGUCGAACGAUGCGGACGGCAGACGGCUAACGACUACAUGGAAAGCUACAACCAAUCGAGCGCUUCCCAGGAGCAGAACAUGAAUGCGAUGAGCAGCUCUCAGACUUCGAACGGAGUGCAAACCAACAUGACGUCUGCGUCGAGCAGCAGCAACAGCAACAUGAGCAACUAUCAAAACAUGACAACCGUCACCGAUAACGGUCAGAGUUCUUCUUCUUCCUCUAGCAGUUCGAGCUCCAGCUCGAGCAGUAGCAGCAGCAGUUCGAGCAGUACGACAAGCUCGACGUCGAGCGGUGGAGGUAAUAACCAGUGGAAUCAGGGUUCUAGCAGCGGUGGUAACAAUCAAUGGUCCAAUCAGCAACAGUCGUCCAACAACAAUAAUAAUAACAACCAAUGGAAUAAUAAUCAGAACAAUCAAUGGAGCAAUCAAAAUGGGCAGGGCAAUCAGAACGGUCAGUGGAGCAAUAGCAAUCAGAAUAAUCAGAACAACCAGUGGAGUAAUCAGAACAAUCAGAAUAGUCAGAGCAAUCAAUGGAGUAAUCAGAACAAUCAGAACAAUCAAUGGAGUAAUAGUAAUCAGAACAAUCAGAAUAAUCAGAACAAUCAAUGGAGUAAUCAGAAUAACCAGAACAACCAAAACAAUCAGUGGAAUAAUAAUAAUAACCAAAACAACCAAAACGGCCAAUGGAAUAACAAUAAUCAGAACAAUCAAUGGAAUAACAAUAACAUUCAGAAUAAUCAGAACAAUCAAAACAAUAAUCAGAAUAAUCAAUGGAAUAAUAAUAAUAACAAUCAGAAUAAUCAGAACAAUCAAUGGAAUAACAACAAUCAAAAUCAGAACAAUCAAUGGAGCAAUAACAAUCAAGGAAGUCAAAGCAGUCAAAAUAAUCAGUGGAGUAGUAGCAAUCAGAACAGUCAGAAUAACCAAUGGAAUAACAACAAUCAAAACAGCCAGAGCAAUCAAAACAAUCAAUGGAGUAGCAACAACCAAAACAAUCAAAAUAGUCAGAACAAUCAGUGGAAUCAGAAUAAUCAGAACAACCAGAAUCAAUGGAAUAAUAAUAAUAACCAGAAUAACCAAAACAAUCAGAAUCAAUGGAAUAAUAAUAAUAAUAAUAAUAAUCAGAACAAUCAAAAUCAAUGGAGUAAUAAUAAUCAGAACAAUCAAAACAAUCAGAAUCAGAACAAUCAGUGGAACAACAACAACCAAAAUAAUCAGAAUAAUCAAUGGAAUCAGAACAAUCAGAACCAGAAUAACCAGAACAAUAAUCAAAACAGUCAAAGCAGCCAAUCGAGCAAUAGCAGUAGCAGUAGUAGCAGCAGCAGCAGCAGCAGCAGCAGUAGCAGUAGUAGCAGCAGCAGUAGUCAAAGCAGCCAGAGCAGUCAAAGUAAUCAAAACAACAGCAAUCAGAACAAUCAAUCGAACAACAACAGUCAGAGCAGCCAAUCGAGCGGUAAUAAUCAGAGUAGCCAGAGCAACCAAUCUAGCAGUGGUAAUCAGAGCAACAAUCAGAGCAGCCAGUCGAACGGUAGCAAUCAGAGUAAUCAGAAUAAUCAGUCGAGCAACAACCAGAACAAUCAGAGUAGUCAGUCGAGCAAUCAAAGCAAUCAGUCAAGCAACAAUCAGAGUAGUCAGUCGAGCGGUAGCAAUCAAAGUAAUCAGAAUAAUCAGUCGAGCAACAACCAGAACAAUCAAAGCAAUCAGUCUAGUAGUAGUAAUCAGGGUAGCCAGAGUAGUCAAUCGAGCAGCAAUAAUCAGAGUAAUCAGAAUGCUAGUAAUCAAAACAAUCAAUCGAGCAGCAGUAAUCAGAGUAAUCAAUCCAAUAGCAACAACCAGAGCAACAGCAAUCAAUCGAAUAGUAGCAAUCAGAGUAAUCAGAAUAAUCAAACGAGCAGUAAUCAGAACAGCCAAAGCAAUCAAUCGAGUAGUAACAAUCAGAAUAAUCAAUCCAGCAAUAACCAGAAUAACCAUGAGAAUCAAUCAAGCAGCAGUAGUAAUCAAAACUCGCAGAGUAACAGCUCCCAACAACAAGGAAGUCAAUCUAGCAAUAACAAUAGUCAAAGCUCCAGUAAUUCACAAUCGAAUAAUAAUAAUGAGAUAAACAACCAACAAUCUAAUAACAACAAUGAACAAACAAGUAAUCAACAAUCAAGUGGCAACAAUCAACAGUCAAACAACAACAAUCAACAAACUAAUAAUAACAAUCAAUCCAAUAAUAAUAAUCAAACACCAACAACCACACAAGUUACUACAACGCAAACCACUGAAAGUUCCACAACUACACAAAUGCCAAUUACACAAACACCAACAACACAAGCACCCACAACUCAAGCACCAACGACACAAACACCCACAACUCAAGCAUCUACAACACAAGCACCCACAACUCAAGCAUCUACCACACAAGCACCUUCAACACAAGCACCAACAACACAAGCACCCACAACUCAAGCAUCUACCACACAAGCACCAACGACAUCUGAGGCAGCUACAGCAGAAGCUUCAGAAACACAAGCGCCAACAACUGAAGCUCUAUCAACACAAAACACUACCACACAAGCACCAUCGACACAAGUUUCAUCUACUGAAACUACCACUACACAAGCUUCGUCCUCAGAAGCACAAACCACACAAGCACCAUCCACAGAAGCACAAACUACACAAGCACCAUCAACACAAGCACCUAGCACUCAAGUUCCAUCUACUGAAGCUCCAACCACUCAAGCUCCAUCCACAGAAGUUUCAUCAACAAUGGCACCAGGAGCACCGGAAGCAACAGACGCUUCAUCGACACAAGACACAACCACACAAGCACCCACCACAGAAACACAAACCACACAAGCACAAUCAUCAGAAGCACCCGCAACGGAAGCACCAACCACACAAUCACAAUCCACCACAACACAGGAGGCUCCGACAACAGUAGCGCCAGCAAGCGCUACAGAGCCUUCGACCACCACCACCAUUACACAAAGCACAACAACGACCACACAAUCCACCAUGAUGGUCACACAAGCCGUCACUACUGCUUCAGCAACUUCGACUGAAACUGUCACUAUGUCUCCCACAGCAACAACCGAAGAGAGCACCAAUCCAGAUCUCAACGAAGUUCAGACUGCGUCAAGCACGACUGCUGCCCCCACCACCACUACUACUACUACGGCUUCGUCCAGUUCGCAGACAACUGCCGCACCGGCUUCUUCUUCGUCUUCAGGCAGCUCCUCUGCCUGUACCGGCGAUGGCUUCAUGGGUGAUCCAAACGACUGCCAAAAGUUCUACCGUUGCGUCGAUAACGGAAAGGGUGGUUACACCAAGUACGACUUCAAGUGCAGCGAUAACACGGUUUGGGACGACAGCAUCCAGAACUGCAACCAUGCGUGGGCUGUGCAGGACUCGAAGUGCGGUCAAGCAAUGUCUCAGGGCUCGGGAAGUGGUGGACCUCAGGGAUCUGGUGAUAACAAUCAAGGCCCAAGUGGUCCGAGCAACAAUAACCAAGGUCCGAGUGGUCCGAGCAACAACAAUCAAGGCCCAAGUGGUCCGAGCAACAAUAACCAAGGUCCGAGCAACAAUAAUCAAGGCCCGAAUGGUCCCAAUAACAAUAAUCAAGGUCCCAAUGGUCCCAACAACAAUAAUCAAGGUCCAAAUGGUCCCAGUGGUCCGAAUGGUCCUAGUGGUCCAAACGGUCCCAAUGGUCCGAACGGUCCUAAUGGCCCAGAUGGUCCCAACAAUAACAACCAAGGUCCCAACGGUCCGAGUAAUAACAAUCAAGGUCCAAGUGGACCAAACGGUCCUGAUGGUCCAAGUGGACCAAACGGUCCUGAUGGUCCAAGUGGUCCCAACGGUCCUAAUGGUGCCAAUGGACCGAACGGUCCUGAUGGCCCAAGUGGUCCCAAUGGUCCAGAUGGUCCCAACAAUAACAACCAAGGUCCUACUGGUCCCAACAACAAUAACCAAGGUCCAAACGGUCCCAACAACAAUAAUCAAGGUCCAAACGGUCCCAAUGGACCUAAUGGCCCGGACGGGCCCAGCGGUCCAAAUGGCCCCAGCGGUCCAAAUGGUCCCAGCGGUCCAAAUGGUCCCAACGGUCCAGAUGGCCCCAGUGGUCCAAACGGCCCCAACGGUGAAGGACAAGGCCCAGAUAAUGCAGCUCAAGGACAAGGAGGAUCAAACAACGGACCAGAAGCAUCGAACCAACAAUCAAACCAGACGCAGUCAACUCUUCCACCCUGUCAGCAACCUUCCACGACCAGUGCACCAGCCGUACCGGCCGGAUCUAACGGAGUCUGUGAGCGGGAAGGCUUCAUGGAACAUGAAUCCAACUGCAAGAAAUUCUACCGCUGUGUGGACAACGGAAAUGGUGGUUUCACUCGGUACGAGUUCAACUGCGGAGCUGGUACUGUUUGGGACAAUGAUAUUCUAGCAUGUAAUCAUCCGGAUUCAGUGAACUCCAAGUGCGGAAAUGGUAAUGGAGGCCGCCCCGAAGGAGGAAGCCCGUCAGGACCAGGCAACACUUAUCUACCGCCAGAGCCAUCGAGCACCACUGAAGCUAUGUCAACUUCUUCCGAAAUGGUCACUGAAGGUCAAACCACCGCUAGCGGAGUAGAUAGCACCAGCGAAGCACAGGAAAUGAGCACGGAGGGAACAACAGCGGGUCAAGAAUCGACAACUGCCGCUGGUCAGGAAACGACAACUGCCGCAGGUCAGGAAACUACAGAAGCUCCAAAGGAAGAAACCACUGCUGCCGGACAGGAAGCUACUACCGCUGCUCCCACCGAACAAACUACCUCUGCAGCCAGUCAGGAAACAACCACGUCUGCUAGUCAGGAAUCUACAGCUGCGAUGAUGCAAGAAUCUACCACAGGACAACCAGCUGAAAGCACUACCCAAUCUGGAGAAACAACAACUACAGAAACAUCCGAGCAAACCACUGAAACCCAACCAGCUACCACUCUUUCGCCGGAAGGAUGCAACUCCGAAGGAUUCAUGCCACACGACAAGGAUUGCAAGAAAUUCUACCGAUGCGUUGACAAUGGAAAGGGUGGCUACAACAAAUACGAAUUCACCUGCGCUGAAGGAACCGCUUGGGAUCAAAGCAUCCAAGCAUGUAACUACGAAUACGAGGUACCGAACUGUGGAGCCGACAGUCCACCAGAGCCUUCUCCGGAACCAGACUCUCAGAGCACUCAGUCCCCUCCAGAUUCUGAAAAUCAGAUGACAACCACCACAGCCGCGGCCGAAAGUACUACUCAAGCUCAAGAAUCAACUACUGCGGCAGCUGGACAGGAAACAACAACAUCUGCAUCUGAAAUGACCACCCAAGCGCCAACUGAAACUACUACAUCGGCUCAAGAGACAACGACAGCUCCUGCUCAGGAGACUACAACUUCUGCCGCGCAGGAGACAACGACAGCUGCUGCUCAGGAAACUACCACUUCAGCCACACAGGAAACAACGACAACUGCUGCUCAGGAAACUACCACUUCAGCUGCUCAAGAGACAACGACAGCUGCCGCUCAGGAAACUACAACUUCCGCUGCUCAAGAAACAACAACGGCUGCCUCCCAAGAAACAACGACGGCUGCCGCUCAAGAGACAACAACAUCAGCCGCUCAAGAAACCACCGCUGCAUCUGAAGAAACCACAACAGCAAGUCAAACUACGUCAGCUGAAACAAUGACCACGACUAGCGCACCCGAAGAAACAACAGCCGCGGAAACUCAAUCCACAACCGGUGGAUCAGCGGAAAGCACCACCACUUCCGAAGAAAAACAGGAAACGACCACUCAAUCCAGUGAAACUACCACCACAGCGCAGGAAAUGACUACCAGUCAACCAUCCAGCGGAGAGUGCACUUCGGAAGGAUUCAUGGGUGAUCCAAAUGACUGCAAGAAGUUCUACCGAUGCGUAGACAAUGGAAAGGGUGGCUACACUAAGUACGACUUUACUUGCGGCGAUGGAACGGCUUGGGAUCAGAAUCUACAGACUUGCAACCACGCAAAUGUGGUUGAGAUGUGCGGCGGUCAAUCGACAGGUAACAACAAUCAAGAAUCCUCAACCACAACUGCUUCUACUACCACUGAUUCAUCAUCAUCAUCUAACACUACCUCUUCUGCACCAUCUUCUACUACUUCCUCAAGCACCACUCCCACUAACACUCCCUCUUCCACAAGCAUGACUUCCUCUUCCCCUAGCAUGACAACUUCCUCUCCCAGCAUGACAUCUUCAUCCACCGCCGCCGAGUCUAACGCUUCUACCACAAGCAUGCCAACAUCUGCAACUACUCCAACCCCGGUUAACUGUACCGAGGCAGGCUUUUUCCCGAACCCAGAUGAUUGUACCAAGUUCUACCGGUGCGUCGAUUGGGACGGAAUGGGUGAAAACUUUUCCGUGUUCCACUUCGAUUGCCCGGAAGGUACAAUUUGGGAUCCCAGUGUAAAUACGUGCAACCAUGCGGACAGUGUCUCGCCUCCGAGAGAUUGCUCCCCUCGAAUGACAACGUCAUCUGAGUCGCCUGCAACUACAGAAUCCAUGUCCAUGACAAGCACAGAACCUACAACAUCCUCUGUUACAGGCGAGCCAAGUGCUACCACAACGAAUGCUCCAGACAUGGAAACGACCACCGCUGGCCAGGAAAGUACCACGCAAGCAGGCCAGGAAACAACGACGCAAGGCCAGGAAACCACUACUUCGGGAAGUGGUGAAAGUACCACGAUGGCUGGUCAGGAAACCACUAUGCAACCGGAACAAGAAACCACCACUCAAGAAUCUCAGAUGACUACUACGGGUGAGCAAAUGACUACCCAGGAGUCUACAGAAGCUACAACACAAGCCGCAUCUGAAACAACCACUCAGGCCGCCACAGAAACUACUACUCAAGCUGCCGCUGAAACUACUACACAAGCUGCCGCUGAAACUACCACUCAGCCAGCUGCGGAAACGACUACGCAGCCAGCUGCUGAAACCACCACGCAAGCUGCUGCUGAAACAACAGCCGAAACGACCGAAGCUGCUCAAGAAACCACCACCCAAGCUGCCACCGAACCAGCUGAAGAAACAACAGCACAGCCCACAGAAGCAACCACUCAAUCAGCUCAGGAAACUACGACUGCAGCUAUGACAACCGAAUCUCAAACUGAAUCGGCUACUGAGUCAGCUGCAAUGGAAACCACCACCCAAGGCACCCAGAAGCCACCACCGUCCGGAUCUGGAGACUGCCCUCCAGUUGAAGAAGGUCAAGCCCGGUUUGUCUGCCCAACUGGAUUCCGUAGACAUCCUCAGGACUGCAACAUGUUCUACCAGUGUACGCAGAAGCCCAACAGCAUGGACUACAGUAUAGUAGUGUUCAGCUGCCCGAACUCAACCGUCUACCACGAAGAAGGAAUUCAGUGCAACGAACCUGCCGAAGGAGAUGAACAAUGUCAGGCGCCUAGCAUGCGAUUCCUGCGCAGCGCUAUGGCUCCUCAAGUUCAAGUCAUGCAAUUGCGAUCAACGAAGCCACUCUGUCCAGCAGAGGGUCACUUCGCGCUGGAUGACCAGAAGUGCAGCUCGACGUUCGUACGCUGCAUGGCCGGCGAAGGACGAAGCGAUGGCAACCUGCAGCCCAGCAUGUACCGCUGCCCGAAGGGUUACAUCUACUGGAGCGUGAGCCGACGCUGCGAACGGGUAGCCAAGGUACCCGAGUGUCAGAAUGCCCGGAUGCUGGAACGGUCCGAGCUGCCAGUCGAAUGGAUCAACAUCGGCAACCGACGUAGAAGUUUGUUCUGAGCUGUUGAGCAUGCCGAGCGAAACGAUUAGUCAACGACCUUUCAGACGACAACGAGACGAGACGCACCCUCUAGUUCGAUAAGCUAGCCUUAGGGAUUUUAGAUGUAAUUUACUAUAGCCUGUUACUAUACACUGCUGCCACCAACAGGACUGAUAUGUAGUAACGACAUUCCGUGGAUCAACAGCUCAGAAUCAAGGAAACUAUGAGUAUUCCGCAAGACACGAACUCAGUACAAGAUAAGAAGAGAGACACAAGUGACAUGUGCGACAUCUAUCUAGUUCUAGUCAGAAAGAUGUCAUAAUUUUAGUGUAACGCCACUCGAAAGCCAUAUUUGCAUGAUCCCAGACAAUUCCGGAACGAAAAAAAGUGAGUUAAUAAGUCAAUCUAACCCCAUUAUAUAGGUAUUUAUUCUGAAUGUAAAUAUCUGCUUGUAGAAGCAAAAUAGCCAGAAAUAAGUUUUUAGCAUUCAAAUUUCAAUGCUCAAGAGCGCAAAAACCCAUAUUAUUCGCAUCCAGUUCGCGGUACGAAGAAGUGAUCGACCCAGAAAGACUGUUCCGCAAUGUUGAGCUGUACCUCAAACAUACAUCUACUGUAUACCGAGGCGGCCAAAAUCUUUUCUUGCAAACGAGCCUCUCUUGCUCUGAAUGACGUCGAGCAGAAGAGAGUUGAAAAUGAUUGUUUCCGAGAAAGAUGCCGCUGAACAUGGGGCGGAACAGAACGAACUUUGUUCAUGAACUAUUUACGAAUGAUGUGCUAGUUUCGAAACCCGUACACUAGUGUUUAAGACAAUAAGGUUAAAUAAAUGUAAUUUAUUGUAAAAAAA